AUGGCCGCACAACUCAACGAGGAACUUUACAGGGAUUUGAGCACAAACCCUAUAUUCUUGAUGUAUAUGGUCUGGUUUGGAGGUAUAUCGCUCGUAAGCAUCUUCGCCGCCGCCAAUCAGACACAAUUCGCAACAAAGGAUGGAUAUUCACAGUGUGCGAAAUUGGGCAUUUUACAAGUUGUAUUACAGAAAAGUGUGCAGCUUGAUUUGGAGCCAUCGUCCCAUCUUCUCGAACAGAAACGGUCGAAGUCAGAUAAGGAAAUAAUGUCGCUUUCGCUACUCUCACCGGCGGAGGAUGGCGUUUUGGAGGUUGGCUGUGAGUUGAUGAGAGAAGGAAGAAGAUGGAAGAAUAAAAAAGAUAAGAAAAGUGACGGGAAAGAAAAAUGA